AUGGAGUCCGCCGGCCUCUACCCGCCCCUCCCCGCCGCCCGCCUGCCUCAGGACCGUCCCGAGGCCUCCCCGACGUUGCCGCCCCGCGCCACCGAGACCACCCGCAUCAUCACGGACCCGCUCUCGGGCCGCUCCUACUGCAGAGGCCGCCUCCUCGGCAAGGGAGGCUUCGCGCGAUGCUACGAAAUGACAGACCUCUCGAGCAACAAAACCUAUGCAGUGAAGGUCAUUCCUCACAGCCGGGUGGCUAAACCCCACCAGCGGGAGAAGAUCACCAACGAGAUUGAGCUGCAUAGGGACUUGCACCAUAAGCACAUUGUCAAGUUCUCCCAUCACUUUGAGGACUCCGAGAGCAUCUAUAUCUUCCUGGAGCACUGCAGCAGGAAGUCCCUGGCUCACAUCUGGAAGGCCCGACACACUCUGCUGGAACCAGAAGUGCGCUACUACCUCAAACAAAUCAUCUCAGGCUUGAAAUACCUCCACCUCAAGGGCAUCCUACACAGGGACCUCAAGCUGGGCAACUUCUUCAUCAACGAGAACAUGGAGUUGAAAGUGGGAGACUUUGGUCUUGCUGCUUGCCAGGAUAUCUCUGACCAGAAGAAAAAGACAAUAUGUGGGACCCCCAACUACCUGGCCCCUGAAGUGCUGCUGCGGCAGGGCCACGGGCCCGAGUCGGAUGUGUGGUCCCUGGGCUGUGUCAUGUAUACCCUGCUCUGUGGGAACCCUCCUUUUGAGACGUCGGACCUCAAGGAAACCUACAGGUGCAUCAAGCAGGUGGAUUACAUGCUGCCCACCUUCCUCUCCGUGCCUGCCAGGCACCUCAUUGCCGGCAUCCUGAAACGCAACCCCCAGGACCGCCUCACACUCGAGGAGAUCUUGGACCAUGAGUUCUUCAAGGGUUAUACACCCGAGAAGCUGCCACCCAGCAGUUGUGUGAUGGCUCCAGAUCUGUGUCCCCCCAACCCGGCCAAGAGUCUCUUUGCCAAAGUCACUAAGACACUCUUUGGGAAGAAGAAACCCAAGGCCAAGAAGAGCUCUUCAGAGGACAAAGAUGACAUCUCCAAGCUGGUCACUGGGUUGAUGAAGACCUCAAUCUGUCGACAGAUGAGCUACAAAACUCUGGAAGGGAAUGAGGCCACCCCAAUCUCAUGCCGCAGUGCCGGCUCCAGCCCUGUGGAGACACUGGCGGAGGAGACUUCUCACAAGUCUGUGUGCCCCUCCAUCCGGGGCACUAUGGCUAGCAGCUCUGAAGCCUUUGAAGACUGCGUCACUGCUUCUGCUGUCAUUGAGUCAGCUGUCCGGCUCCUGCGGACCUGUCUGUCCUGCAUGCCUCCAGCAGACAGAAACCCGGCCUCCCUGGCCCGGCACGAGCAGUUCGUCUGGGUGAGCAAGUGGGUGGAUUACUCCAACAAGUACGGCUUUGGCUACCAGCUCUCCAACCGCAGCAUCGGGGUCCUCUUCAACGAUGGCACGCACAUGAUGCUUUCCCCCAACCACAAGAUGGUGCAUUACAACUUUACCAACAGCAGACACAUUGCAUUCCCUGUGUCUGCCAUCCCUGAGCAGCUGCAGGGACAGAUGAGUGUCUUGCGCUACUUCGCUUCCUACAUGGAGCAGCAUCUCAUGAAGGGAGGUGACUUGCCCAGCAUAGAUGACCUUGGACAGCCAGCCUUGCUCCUGCAAUGGGUGAAGACUGACCAAGCCUUGUUCAUGCUCUUCAGCAAUGGCACCCUCCAGGUGAACUUCUGCAAUGAUCACACCAAGGUGAUCAUCAGCAAGCCUGACCACUCCUGUCUUGUCACCUACAUCAAUCGGGAGCGCAACUCCUACACCUACAAGCUGUGCAGCAUCCAGGAGCUGGGCUGUUCUCCUGAGCUCCAGCACCGCCUCCGAUACAUACUCAAACUCCUCCAGGAGCGGGCUGAGGCUUAGCUUUGGACCUUGGGGACCCUCUCUGGACGUAGAGGGUCUCCCCUCUUCCUCCCCCAGGAUGGGAGAUCUACUGUGGUGCUGGAUGACUACCUGGACACCCUAUGCUCUGGUGUUCAGCAGGACUAUAUAGACUAAGACACUUGGAUGUGGCUAUGGCAGCAGGUCUGGGCACCUUCUGUCCUUGCUGCUCUCUGGUUUCUGGCAAUCACUGUGCUGGCAGCUCCUGUUCUGGUUGUGCUGGUUUUGGAGUGUGCUGGGAGACGGGGACAGAGCAGAGGGGACAAGGGAAUGCCCUGGGCCCUCCUUUGGAGUUACAGCCUGGUGCUUCCUUGCAGGGGCUGGUGCUUGGGCCUUCCCUGGCUCCCUGCUGCCUGGCACCAGGGUUCUGGCUGUCCUGGCACUGGGCAAGGUGCUUGGCUGCCAGCUUUACCUGGGAAUUGGACUCGGGCAGGUUAACACUUGUCCCCAGAGUCACUGUGUGGUGGGGAUAACCUUCCCCCCCAUCCCCAGCAAGGGAUGGACAGGAGCAAAGGGCAUCAUCUGCCUUGCCAUGUGUGUACAGGGGCUGGCACAUGCCUCUCCACAACCAUUACACUAAGGGAGGGAGCAAGACUCCUUCAGACAGUGCUAGACCAGGGACUGAUCAUGCUCCAGGGGCUCCUGAAUCUGUGACUCAUCUGGUACAACUUGAAGCUUUAUAGAAGAAAAAGGAAUCUGGGGGUUGGUCUGGAGCAGCCCUCAAUUUGCUGGGACC